GUGCAGCAGCAGGAGGCUUAGCUGCUAAGGCUCUUUCCCGGGAUAGCUUUGCGCAUCGUUCUUUGCUCUCUCAGCAGUUUGGAAGCGCAAUGCUUUCAGCCUCGGAGGAGAUGAGCUAUUUUAAAAGCGCAGAUUGCGUUUGCAGAUGGCAGAGAGCGGCUCCGGAGCGGGGUCGUUCCCCGUUCUCUCCCUCCCGACACGGGCGAGGGUCUCGCCCGGAGCAGGGGCACUGAGUUUGGGUGCUCCUUCCCUCCUCCUGCACCGCUUUUGUUGCCUCAGAAGCGGGCUGGGAGUGUUUAUGUUUGUUGAUCCUUAUGUAGAACGAGCUCCUCCUCGCCGGGAACAUUUUCCCUUGCGCUGACACAGGCCAAAAACGAAGCUUUUCGUUUUCGCCUCUGCCAGCUCCCUUCUGUUUACUGCUCCGAGUUUAUUUGCAGCGGGAGAAGCUGCCGCGGCCGGGCUGGAGACAGAAGGGCCUCUGUUUCCAAAAGACACCGGGCUGGCAAUCUGUUCCUGACGGAGAAUGCCUGCGCUGCUGUUCUCCCCGGGUUGCGGGCCGUAUGGAGGUGCCCUGGUGAUCCUACGGCGGAGCUGGAGCCCCGAGGAUCUCAGCUGAGGCCUUUUGCAUCUCUGGGAUGCUGUCGGGAUCGCGACAGCACCGAGGCAGGAGCGCUAACAGGACGGGGACAUCACCGCAGCCUUCACCUUGGCUACCUGAAACUCACGUGGCCCCUGCAGAGAAAUCCCACGGGAUGUGACAGCAGAGCAAGGAGCUCUUCAAAAAAAAGUUGGGGGGCUGCAGAGCUGUGGUAGGAAAGGGGAGAAAGGAGAAAAUCGAGGAGAACGUGGGAGCUUCGAAGGCUUGGAGCUUUUCCAUGGGGAUAAAAGGAAGCGGGGCGGUUGUAGGAGGCAGAUGUCGAGCGCACGAGUUGGUUAGGACCAGCUGCAGGUCCCGAGCGUGGCAACAAAUAUCCAAAAACCGUUUUAUAUCCUAUAAAACCUUUGCUGGGGCAGGUAGGAGGGGAGCUGCCCGCGCCGGGGUGCUCGCUCUGGAGCUCGUCAGGGUUUGCUCGCAGGCACCACCUUUUCUGGAAGCCUGCUCUGGCGAUGUGCUGGGCUCGCGGCCCGUUGCACGGAGGGGACGAGGCAGCUCGGAAACAAGAUGUUCAGACGCUUGCUGUGCCCUGCCCUCACCACGCUCUCGUCUGCCAAAGGCGAAAGAGGAGGCAGCAGAGGCUGAGUUGGUGGUAGGGGAUAAGUCUCAGGUGAUAAAAGUUGUCCUCAGGCAACUCGAAGGAACAGGGGAUGCUCACGGAUGGGGCAGAUGGAGGUUUUAGGGUCGGGAGGGAGAAGUAGAGCCCCUUUUAAGGAAGUUUGCCCGUUUUGUUUCGAGUCACAGUGGUGGAAUGAGUUCUGCCUUGCCAGGGCUGUGUGAAUCAAAGGGGAUUAAGCGACGAACGAGGCAUCAGCGCUUAAUUAAAGGCAGUUGAUCUAUAAUCACAAGGGGGCAGUGUUAAGGUGACAUAUACCACUCCAACUCCUCAACGUCCUGGCUUCUGAAUGCUUCACCCUUGUGUCAGCAGGCCUGCUGGGCGCUUUGUGCUGCUUCGGCUUCUUACAAAAGAGAGAGGUGCGGAGGAGCAGAGGAAUUCCCCAUCGGUGCCGCGCUUGGCUCUGCGCUGUCGGUGAGGUUUGAGCAGCUGAGGUAGAAAUCCUGUGCUUCCCAAAGCAGGAAAAGCCUUCCUGACAUCUCCAGGCAGCCCUCGUCUCUCCAGGCUUUCAGAUUUAGCGUGGAUUCUCUCGGCUCCUGGGCGGCUCUUCGGCAACCCCAGGCGGAGCCUGGCACCGCGAGGCACCACGAUGAUGAUGACCGAUGUCACUGCAGCCCCCCGGCUGGGGUCAGCUGCCACCACUCCGGCCGUGGCCCCCAACUUCUCCUGGCUGCCAGAAGACGGCAGCCCCACAGCCGUGGAGCAGCCCAUUUUCCUCAUGACCACCGCUGCUCAGGCCAUCUCAGGUUUCUUUGUCUGGACAGCUUUGCUCAUCACCUGCCACCAGAUCUACAUGCACCUGCGCUGCUACAGCUGCCCGAACGAGCAGCGCUACAUCGUUCGGAUCCUCUUCAUCGUGCCCAUCUACGCCUUUGACUCGUGGCUCAGCCUCCUCUUCUUCACCAACGACCAGUACUACGUUUACUUCGGCACGGUGCGGGACUGCUACGAAGCCUUUGUAAUAUACAACUUUCUCAGCCUCUGCUAUGAGUACUUGGGAGGGGAGAGCUCCAUCAUGUCUGAGAUCAGAGGGAAACCAAUCGAGUCCAGCUGCAUGUAUGGGACUUGCUGCCUGUGGGGAAAGACCUAUUCCAUCGGAUUCCUGAGGUUCUGCAAACAGGCUACCCUGCAGUUCUGUGUGGUGAAGCCCCUCAUGGCCAUCAGCACCGUCAUCCUUCAGGCCUUCGGCAAGUACCAGGACGGUGACUUUGAUGUAACCAGUGGCUACCUCUACGUGACGAUCAUCUACAACAUCUCCGUCAGCCUGGCGCUCUAUGCCCUCUUCCUCUUCUACUUCGCCACACGAGAGCUGCUCAGUCCCUACAGCCCGGUCCUCAAGUUCUUCAUGGUGAAGUCUGUCAUCUUCCUGUCCUUCUGGCAAGGGAUGCUCUUGGCCAUCUUGGAGAAGUGUGGCGCCAUCCCCAAAAUCCACUCGGCCAACGUCUCCGUGGGUGAGGGCACGGUGGCCGCCGGCUACCAGGACUUCAUCAUCUGCGUGGAGAUGUUUUUCGCCGCCAUCGCCCUGCGCCAUGCCUUCACCUACAAGGUGUACGCGGACAAGAGGCUCGAUGCACAAGCCGUGCCGUCGUACGGGCCAUACGGUCGCUGCGCCCCCAUGAAGAGCAUCUCCAGCAGCCUGAAGGAGACCAUGAACCCCCACGACAUCGUCCAGGACGCCAUCCACAACUUCUCCCCGGCCUACCAGCAGUACACCCAGCAGUCCACGCUGGAGCACGGCCCCCCCUGGCGCAACGGCGGCCACGUGGUCUCGCGCUCCCACAGCGGCUCAGGCGCCCGGGACAACGAGAAGACCCUCUUGCUGAGCUCCGACGAUGAGUUCUAGGAGGGGGGGAAAAGGGCCGGUGCAGGCCGUCGUUUUUUUCCUCUUCUGUUGGUUUUUAUUAUUAUUAUUUUAUUUUUUUUUUAAUUUAUUGAAGCAGAAACAUGCGAGUCAUAUCACUUCCUAGAGAGUACAGGUCGCAGAAGUGGGCGAUUCCCGUUUAGGUUUUGUGGGUACGGACGCGACGAGUGGUGUGGAGGUAGGGGAAUGGCCAGGACUCUGCUCUCGAGCCCGUUCCUUCCAGCAGCAGGGUGACUGGAAUUAAUCGAAGCAAAGCUAUGGGGCCGGGGGCUCUGGCCUCCCUCGCUCACCCAGCUUGGUGUGGCACAUAACAGGCCAGAGUCUGGAGUCGUGGCCAAAAAUGUUCUUCUUUUCCCUGGUACUAACGUCUCUGCCAUCUUUGGGAAAUGGGAUUAGGGUGCGUUUGGGAAACGGGGUUAGGAUAAGCAUUCCCAAGGACCAGACUGGAGAAUGGUCUUUCUGGUAGCCAUUGCCUCAAAUAUUUGGGCAGGAACAGCUUCUCCUUCAGCACUGCCGGUGCGGCCCUGUACGUGAAGUGAGCAAAAGGGGAAAGGAACGGGGCUUUCUUCCUGUUCCACCCUCUCUGCAUCCUCUCUGCUCCCUGCUGAAGCUCAGCAGGGCUGGAAUUAUGGUCUGGCGAGGGCAGGGUUUGCUGAGCACCGGGUUCCCAUCUCCCCUGCAUUCCUGUGGCACGAUGCCUCCCCGGAGCACGAUGCCUCCUGCUCGCAAACCUCCAGGACUGGAGGUGAGGAGGCGGUGGAAGUUUGCACAGCUCUGACCCUCUCAUCCUUUUGGGGGGGAGGAUCUUUUGUAAACACUAAGCUGUUCUUUCCUCUUGUUCCCUGCCCCUCAUACAGACGUGGAUUGCCCCAGCCAGCAUCCACAGGGCGAGAACAGAAGCAUUUGUCAGGUUUUGAGUUGCCCCCUAGAUUUUUAGGGCAGCCAAAAUAAAAAUAAUCCCUCCGCGGAUCUGUCCGGGGACCAGAAAGGCUUAAAAUUGUCUGGGGAGCGGGGGGAGCACACUCGAGUGCCAUAGAGCAGAUGCCCCUGCCCCUGAAAAGGAGAGGCUGCAGCAAGCUUCUGCUUUCUUCUUGCCUCUAGUUUCUCUGUUCUCCCCCCGCUUGCUGCCUGCCUUGCCAUGAGAACACCUUCACCUUUCCACGCUGCCCCUUGUUGCCCUGCUGGAAGCGGGGUCUCACUGCCUGGAGUUUGCUUUCCCUCUUGUGUCACGAUCUGUGCGUUUCCUCCUUCAUUUCCUCGCGAGCAACCGUGAGCACGGGGCUCCUCUGUUCCUCGGCACUCCCCAGGGCUGUGCGCUCACAUCCAGCAUCCAGCUGUUGCUUCUCGUAAAUCUCCCCGCUUCAACAGACACCCAAACGCUUUCUUUUUCCUCAUCCCAUAAGCGACCUGGACAGCAGGACUGAGGAUGGGAUAAGCUUUCCUUCCACCUCCUGCGGCUUCGAGGAAUAGUCCUGUAGUUUGGGGUAUUUCUUUUCACCUUCUUUCAGAAAAUCGGGGUGUGGGAGGCGAUCCCUCCCCCCUGGCACUGUACCUGCAGGUCUUGCUGACACCCCGGGGUCUGUUGCACGGGGUGGCUGAGAUCUGAAAUCUCUGGAGCUCGAGGCUGAGCCGGGUUUGGGGAUACGCUUUCUGAACUUUAUUUUGAAAUGGAUGCUGAUCUGGUGCAUAGGAUCUGGAUAUUCUCCAAGCUUCCUCUCCCUAGCGGUUUAAAGCCCAGCCCUUCUGCACUGGCUGCCUUCGGAGAAGCCUGGUGAAGAGAAUUAGCAUUUUAGAGAUAUUUUUAACACUACACGAGAUCGUUUCUGAGCUUCCUGCGCUCCCUUGCAACAGGCAGGUGUCAGAAGGAGGAUUGGCUCUGAAGCCUCGCCGGCUCGGAGGAACAAAUACCUGAAUUUUGAAGCCCCAGAGCUGCUCACAGCGGCCCUGCCGAACCCCUCAGCUCCAGGAGUAAGACCCUUGGAGCUGCCCCCCUCCCCUGCUCCCCAUCUCUGCCCUUCCUUUUUGUUUACCAUGUACCACGCCCGUGGGGUUUGUUUAUUAUUUUUCCAGGUAGAGUAGUUCUUUGUAUAUAAACGACUGGAAAAAAAGAAAAAAAAAAGAAAAAAAAAAAGAAAGAAUUGUAUGAUAAAUAAGACAGAGCCACCUAGUUUUGUACCUCUCGUGUUUAACUGAUGUGAGCUCAGCGACAAGCCGCUCUCUCUAUUUUGGUCUUUGUGACGUUAUACUCCGCAGAAAUGAGCAAAUAUGAUGACAAAUAAAAAAUAUAGAGAUAAUAUAGAUUGUA